CCGUCAGAGCAAGGAGCAAGCCAAGUGCCCUCUUGCCGCAAGGGGAGAAGACAGAAGUAAGAAGAAUGGAGAAGCAGGAAGGGGAGCCCCCCGGCACGGAAGACCAGGAGGAGGAGUCCGGCGAGGAAGCCCUCCUGCACUACGAGGAGCGCAUCACAGAACUGCUGGUCACGAUUGCGCGUCUCCAGGGGAAAAUCGAGCGCCUGCAGCAAAACAAGGCCAGGGAGGAGGAGAAUUUUUCCGAUUUGGGCUCGGAGUCCACAGCCAGCCUCCCCCGAUGCCCGUCCCUCUUUGCCAGCCGGACCAGGAGCCCGCCUCCACCUCCAGCUGGUCCGGAAGAAGGCAAGGCUGACCUGUUUCUCGAUGUGCAUAAGGCUGUCACGUCCCUGGAGAACGUCGUCCUUUCGUACCGGAGCUGCCUUCCCAGCACGGAAGCCGAGCUGGAGGGAUAUCCCCGGGUGGCUGAGGGCCUGGAAGCAAAGUUGAUGAAACUCCAGCCGGGCAGCCUACGGCCCCUCCGCCAGGAGGCUCCGGCACCCGCCCACGAGAGGACGGUGGCCCUCUGUGCUGGGGGCGAUGAGUGGACCAACCUCCCCCCGCGCGGCCUGCUCCCUUCCCCGGGGGGGCCCCGGACCCCCGCCUACGAGAGGACGGUGGCCCUCUACAAAGAGAGGAACGCGGCCCUCCGAGCCGAGCUGGGAGCCAAGGAGGAGGCCCUGCGGCGGUCCGGCGCCUCCCUCUCGGCCUACCAAGAGGAGCGGAGCAAGCUCCAGAGGAAGGUGCAGCAGCUGCAGAGCAGCCUGUCCAGGGUGGAGAUCCGCUCGGACGGAGCCCCCCGCCCCCUCGGGGAUCCCUCGGGGGCUGCUCAGAAUGGCCUUCGUGCCCCCCAGGGGGCCACCAGCAUCCAGCCUGCCUGCACCCUUUCAGCCUCUGCACCCACAGAGACCCACAGCACCCUGGAGCAGCUCCACAGGAUUGGUUGUAGCAAGGAAUACGCGGGUUACAAACUAGAGCCGCAAAAGUGUAAACGUCGCCAUUCCGUGACGAGGACUGUCUGCCCGCCCAGGUCCGUGGAGAGGCUGGGGAGGCUCAACCGGCUACUCUCAGGGGCGCUGCAGGAGUCCAAGACGGCCGCGGAGCGCAUCAGCCUGCUACUCGGCCGCCAGGAGUCCGACCACACCGCCUUGGCCCUGGCUGCCCGGUGCAGCACGGCUCUCCUCGAGGACCCGCUCCCAGUCUCCCGCCGGGGUCAGCGCCCUCUUGCUGGUCCUUCCCCCAAUGGCCACAACUCCCUCCCCUGCCUCGAGGUCCGAGCGAGGGCCUUGGGACUGACUCUCCCUCCCGGGCAUCUCCUGGCAGGGGGGCCCAACCGCUCCAGCCCUGCGCUGGACACAGCUUACCGGUUUUUGCAAGCGUGCAGCACAGCCAGCAAGAGCUCCCGGGAGCAGGAUGGCAUCCGAGAGAGUUCCCUGGAGCUGCUUGGUUUGGAGGAGGAAGCCAAGGCGAGGCUGCGGGAAUGCAUCAGGCGCCUGCGGGCCGACCAGGGGUCUCUGAAGCUGCCCGCCCCCCAGCCUCCUCCUGGGUUGGACUCUGUGGCUGCCAGGCUCAAUGCGGGGAUUGGGGCCAAGGUGGCCGAGGGCCGGAGGGCCAUGCAGGAGGCGCUUCCCGGCCCGGACCCCCAGCCCAAGGUGGAGAAGGCCCAGCUGCUGCGAGAGCUGCACGCCGCCCGGGCGUCGAUCGCAUCCUCUGGGGGGCCCCCAGAGCGCCUCUUCCACCCUCUCUCCUGCUCCCCACGAGCGUCCAGGGCAGGGAGGCUCUGUGCCCCCUUUCUUUCCCUCCACCGUUUCCCUCCUUUUGCCCCAACCCAGGAGGCCUUGGCGGACUUGGGCACCCAGCUGCAUCUCACGGUGAAGGAGAAGCAGGGGCUGGAGCUGGGGACGCACACGCUCCAGGCGCAAGAGGCUGCGUGCCUGCUGGUGAUCCAGACCUUGCAGCAGGAGCAGCAGGACCUCCGGGGACAGCCAGCUCCCUCCUCUGGAAGCAGCAGCAGUGGCAGCAGCUCUGGGGAGCGUGCUCCCGUUGGUGCGUCUAGGAGGUCCCCUCCUGCUGCGUCUGAGAACGCGGAUGGAAGCCUGGGCAAGACGGAGCCAAAAGCAUCGAUGCUCGCAUUACUGGACACUUCGGCGCGGAUCCGGAGGCUGCAGGAUCGGCUCGAGGCCCUCCUCGCCGACCUGGAGGGGGGGAGCCGAGGCUGGAAGGCCCGUGAGGCACAAGAAAUGGAGCUCCUGUGGGACUUUUUCCAAGCACACAGCGCUGACCUGGAGGAGCGAAGCCGAGACUGCAAGGCCCGUGAGGCACAAGAAAUGGAGCUCCUGUGGGACUUUUUCCAAGCACACAGCGCCCUGCUCCUCGCCUACCAGAAGGCCCGCAGGAAGCAGGAGAGCCAGGUGGGGAAGCUGGAGGCCCAGAUGGGGCUGAUGAGCGGGCACCAGGCCAAACAGCGCCAGGCCCUGAUGCGAACCCUCCGGCAGUUGCAGGACCGAGUGCCCGUUGGGGCACCAACCGGCCUCCCCCAAGCCCCAGUGCUGGACAUGAGAAUGCUGGACCCACCAGGGAGUUUGGAAGCCACGUCCUUCUUUACGGAGGAGAAAGUGAGGCUUUCUGGGCACACGCAAACACGCCUGCAGGCCAGCCAGGAGGCGUCCCCGAUGGUCAUUUCCCACUGAAGACCCCGGCGUGUUCCCUCCCAUCUUUUCAAAUGGGGACCCUCACGUGACCAUCCCGCCCUGAUUCUCAUCUGCUCCCUUCUGGACCCUUCUGGCCUUCAGACUUCAAGAAAAGGAUGGAGCAUCACUCUUAGUGGCUCCUGGAUCACGCAACACUCUUUGCGCCGCCUCGCUCGGUGAGAAACAGCUUCCAGGUGUGUAAAGAGCCCUCGGCCUGUCACGGUUUUUCUCAAAAGCUCUCGGGAACAGAGCGGCUUUCUAACCACGGCAGCUGUCAGUUGAGAAGGUCCUGGUCCUCUGUCUCCCGAUCAGCCCUCAUCUGCAGAAGAGCAGAGAAGGAAACAGAGGAAGGGGAGGCUAGAACCGAAUGAAGGGAACGAAGCUCUUGUGGAGCAGAGCUGAUGGGAAGAAGAGAGAGAAAAGUGGAGGGGGGAGUUUCGUUUAACGACCACAACUGGUACCGAGGCAGAAACGGCUCAGUCCAGUAAACAGGAGCCCAGGCGCCAGCAGAGGGCAGAAUGCCAGGGCGCCCACAAGGGCUUCCUCAGCUUGGCUGCUCCUGCCACUCCGAUGCCCCAGGCUGCCACUUCUGGUGGCUCCUCGCCAGGAAACCCAGCCACUCCGAGGCAUCUGCUGCGGCUGCAGGGCUGGGCCCGUCACGUUCUCCGCGACGAACACAGAAACGCCAGCCAGGCUUUCUCCCCACUGCCCUUGGCUUGAGCAAACAGGAACCAUAUGCAUGUGAUAAAUAAGACGUACGAUAGUAAAAUAAAAUAAAACAGGGAGAAUUAGCGGGGGAUCUGGGUGAUGAGACUUGCUGAGUAGGAAGAAUGGAAAGAAAGGAACGAAGCCAAAGAAAGGAGCAAAACGCCUGCAAGAGCGAGUCCUGACUGAAAAAGAAGCAGCUUAAUUUCCCAACAGCAUGAAGGGAAACUGGAGAAGGAAAGAAAUUGUGGAAGAAUUACGCCCCAGGUGAGCGGAGCUGCAGGAAUGGGAAGUAUGAAAAAGCAGGCUGGGCAGGAGGGCGGCACUGAGCAGUUGCGGGCGAGGCAAGACGCAGGCUGGAGAACAACUGCCGCAAAGGACGCGGACGAGGGAAGGACGGCAUGUAAUGGACAGACGCAGACCAAAGGAUGCGGUCAAGGGAGCAAGGAAGCCCAGGAGAUGCAGAGCGAUACUGAUGGCAAUAUAUACACAUAUAUAAAACAUAUGAUUUAGAAAUGGGUUGAGCAGAGUGGCUGGAAUUAAAAACAAAAGCCACGCGAUCCUUUGGGGUGGCUGCCCACCCCCUCCCUGACCUGCUGACUGGUCCUGGCAAGAGCGCCAGAGGCAACCACAGAAAACACCCCCGGAGGAGCCGGACAGCUGAGGGGGCUGAAGGCCCCCGGGCUGUAAGACAGGCGAGCAAGCGGCGUUUGGAGGGCUCACCUCCAUCCAGCCCCAUGACAUCGCAGAGGCCUCGGGGCAGCCCCGAGGGCCAAAUUAGAGGUAGUCAUCAGCCUUCAGUGGCCAUCCGGCGCACUCCGCUUCAAGCGAGAGGGCACUCCUGGGGAGCCCAGGUUCGCCCUACGCUUUAGGCACCUGCCAAGCGGGUUGUGCGUUUGCUGGGCCUGGCACAGAGCCGCUAUUGUGCCCAAACCUAAACAAGCAUCUUUGGGCUGGAUGCGGAACCAAAGGGCUCUGUUGCGCUCUGGAUGCCAGUCAGGUGUGGCUGUUCCGGGCAGAAGCGUGGAGGGCGGAAAGAGCAGGGAAGAACGAAGGCCGUGAGCGGUCGAGGGCAACGUGCGCUAGCCUUGCCCUACCCUGACCCGAUAAAACCACUCUGGGAGCCCGGUCAGUUUUGUUCUGGGCAGCGAAACCUUAGGCAUGAUCACAGAUCAUUUUCAGUGGUUCAAACAGGGGUGUCUGUGGGGUAAGGUCAAAAAAGUCAAGAUGGUCACCACAAGGCCCAUCAAGACUGGCAGAGCUUUGUUUGCACGGUCACAGCCACCAUCUUGACUUUUUUGGCCCUAACCCGCGGACACCCCGAUUCAGUGAAGCCUCUAGAACGCAGUAUGUUCAUUCUGAGCUUGCAAGAAGACAAAAUACUGUACAUUCUCAGUUUUGUGCAGUCUCCAACUAGGUGGUGAGUGACACCAACUUUUGUGCGUGUUGUCGCUGGGUGUGGUGGGGGAUUUUGUCUUAGUUUCUAUCUCACCUUUGGACAAUCAAAGCUUUGCUAACCAGGCCCAUCUAGCACAUCCAGGUUCUUAGUAAGACUUUUGUGCAUUGAGUUUCACAAUUUGAGUUCCCCUCCUGGGCUCCAUGAAAACAGUGAAAACAUCAAUAUGACUCUUGUCCGAUCCAUUUCUUUUACGCAAAGAAGAUUGCAGGGCACGGCAUUUAUUUCACCUGAUCCUUUGCUGUACAACUGAUUGGCAUGUUUUUCCCCCAACUUUAUUGAAGACACCGUUACAAAGUAAAGUAUACA